AAGGCAUGAGUUUUGCUGCCAUCAUGAACGGUCUCCAAGCAUUUCUGCUUCUCCAAGUUCUGACAUGUCUCGGACAAAUAGGACAUGGGAGUGAAAUCAUACAUGGACAAAAAGCCCCGGAGAACUCAUUUUUGUACAUGGUCUCGCUCCAGAACAACAGAGGUCAUGUGUGUGGAGGAUUUCUGAUUCGUGAGGACUUUGUCAUGACGGCUGCGCACUGUUACAGAUUCUCCCCUUUACAUGUUGUUCUUGGCACCCAUAAUCUCAAGGAUCUCCAUAAUGAAAAAAUAGAAGUUGAAAAGCGUUUCAUUACUCCAUUUUUUAAUUACACUGACCUGCGAGAUGACAUCAUGCUCCUUAAAUUAGCAAACAAAACUCAACUGAACUCCAGAGUGCAAACAAUUCAGCUUCCACCUGGUGAAAUAAACCUAGAAGACAAUGAAAUAUGUCAGGUGGCUGGAUGGGGUAAGACUAGUAGCAACGGUCCCUCUGUGGAUGAGCUGAGAAUGGUGGAUGUGUCUGUCAUUAACCCACGUGAAUGUAAAGAGAUGUGGGAUCAUAAGAAAUUUGUGCUUCCUGCUAACGUUAUCUGUGCAGGCGGAUAUCCCAGAAACAAGGGAUUCUGUCAGGGUGAUUCUGGUGGACCUCUGGUGUGCAAGAGGAAGGCUGUUGGUGUUGUGUCUUUCAACAGAAAUUCUAUCUGUAAAUACCCAGAUGUUCCCAACAUCUAUACGGAUAUUUCAAAACACCUUAAAUGGAUCAACUUGGUUCUAAAGCAUAAUUGAAUGCAAAAAUAUGUCACAAAGCUUUGCUUCAGCACACUUUAGUCUUAAUGAGGAGGCGGUGUCGUGUCUUGCAGUUGACUUUCUCUGCCAGUGUUUGCUCUGCAACAAAAAAAGGCGAA